AUGUCCUAUCUGACAUUCAUUUUGCUCAUUGCCGUUGCGACCUUUCGAUUAGACAAAGAUGAUGAUGAUGAAGUGGAGAAUCCUCAUCAAUGGAAAGUUCGAGCCCACCAAAUAUGGAGCUAUGACUUUCGAAGUAGUCAACAAGUCAUGACGAAAAUUCAAUUACUCCUCCUGUUUUGGAUAUUGGGCCAAUUUUUUGGUGAAUGUAAACAAGUCUAUCACUACGGUCUACGUGAUUACUUUCGAAGUUAUUACAAUAUCAUGGACUGGGCGUCCGUGUCGCUCUAUCUGGGAGCCUUUGCACUACGAAUAUUCGUUGACUUUCGAGUCCAGGCAACUGAGAAAACCUUUAAUCAUCAGCUCCAUUAUGCACUGACUUUGCUGCAAAAUGCUAGUACAAUCAUUUCAGACGGAACUGAUAUAUUUGAUACUGAAAUGGGAACUGAUUCUCAGCACAACUACGUUGCCUAUAGAAACCAUUUACUCUCUAACCACACUGCCUACUGGCUUCGUGGAUGUCGUCUUUGGUGGGCUCCGGAUGAUCCUGAGUACAUCUCGGACUGUCUUUUUGCGUUGGCAAAUGUGCUUUCAUUUGCAAGAGUGAGUUACCUAAUGCCUGCUUGGGAACUCCUUGGACCUCUUCAAAUCUCUCUCGCUAGGAUGAUCAACGAUAUUAUUCGAUUCAUGGCUCUAUUUUUCUUGGUAAGCCUCAACAGAUGGCCAGUGGAUUAA